UCUGCGGCCCAUUUAAAACAUGUAGAGCCCAAAAACUGCUGAUGGACGAAUUUAGUUCAAAAUAAAUAAUUAAAAAAAAAAAAAAAACGGCUGCUAAUUUCGUUUUUGCCCUGACUGAAUUUUUUGUUGAAUAUUCUCUUCUCGCCAUGGCUCUGUUAAUGGAACCUGGUUCGGAACCCCAAACAGAUGAAGAAAUAUUUGACCUACAGGCUAUCUCUGCUCUCAAAGAAUCUUCUGCUCUUGAAUUCAAGGAAAAGGGAAACGAGUACGUAAAAAAGGGGAAGAAACACUAUUCAGAAGCUAUCGAUUGCUACACUAAGGCAAUUAAUCAAAAUGCCUUAAGUGAUUCAGAACAUUCUAUCCUCUAUUCGAAUCGGGCUCAUGUCAAUCUUCUUUUGGGAAAUCACCGACGAGCUUUACAAGAUGCCGAAAAGGCCAUCGAACUUUGUCAAACAAAUGUUAAGGCUCAUUACAGAGCAGUCAAAGCAUCAAUGUCUCUCAAUCUGUUGGACGAAGCAAAAUCGUAUUGCGAAAAAGCCCUUUGUCAGUUUCCAGAUAACGAAGAACUCAAGAAUCUUGCCGAGAAAAUAGAUUCUAAAAAAUCGGAAAUUGAACGGCGUGAACUUGAAGUUUCCCAAGCUGUAGCGGCAGCUAAGGGUCUUUUCUCUGCCUUGGAGGAUAGACGAAUAAAACUCGGGAAAGCGAUGUAUCAAGAACUCACGGGCGUUAAAAAACCAACGCUGGACAAAAGCAAGAUUCUUCAUUGGCCGGUUAUUAUUCUCUAUGCGGAGGUUAUGUCGAGUGACAUCAUCGAGGAUUUCUGCGAGACUGAUAUGUUCUCGAGUCAUCUCGACAUUAUGUUCUCGGAGAGUAGUCCUCCGUUGCCUUGGGAUACGGAAAAUGCUUACACUCGUGAUGCUAUUGAAUUGUACUAUGAGGCUAACUCUGGAGUUUGUCUGUCGAAGAAAGAAGUUGUCAGUUAUUUCUUACAAGGGACAGUUGCUUCGAAAUACGAGGAUGAAGAGGCUGAUGCUACUCCUCGUACUUCUCUUUCAAGUGGAAAUGGCCCGAAAUGGGUCAGAGUAAACGAGAGGAAAACGCUUCACGACAUUCUGAAAAAUCCCGAUAUUGUCGUACCUGGAAUUCCUGCGUUCUUCGUUGUUUCGAAAAAAUCGAGCUUCUACAAAGAAUUUAAGUCGGGAAAUUGGUCUACGCCAAAGAUUGCAUGAUCUUUGAACAAAUAGAGAAUCACAUUAUUCGGUUAAUCAACAUCAGCCACACCCGAAUUUCUUGCGAGAUUAGAAGCAAUUCGAGCAUCUUUCGUAGUUGGAAUCAUUGUUGAAGCAAAUGAGGCAUCUUUCGAAUUUCGCGGUUAGGGCAAAGUGGAUUAGAUAUUAUAUUUGUUGGAAUGAAUUUUGUACCAAGUUAAUUGAUCAUUAAAUCAAUCUUUACUUAUGGAUUUUAUAAUACCGCGGGAUGGAAGAAUGAAAAGACAAUGGAGAUCUAUUUAUACUAGAUUAAUUUUCGGGAU